CAAAUUUCUCAUUUAGUUGCUAACAAAAUUUUGUGUAGAAAACUAGCUCAGAUAUUUUGGUAACCCAGAAAAAUGUCCAUCGUUCUCGAUGUUGUCCAGCAUUUUGUGUUGCAAAAGGCUUACGAUUUUACCAGCGAGGCCUUUAUUCAAGCAUUGCGAAGAUGUGGCAAUCCAAGAAUAGAGGAUGAUAAGUCCAAACUCAAGAAAGAAAAGAUAUUGCCAGAGCCUCCUGCCAAACCAGUUUCUGGAAAAGUCUUAUCUAUAAAGAAACCUCAGGUGCCAGAGGUUAAAAGAACCGUCAAGUUUGUGGGACGAGACCUUCCCCGAAAGAACUUUGGCUCCAUUGAUCCACCCCAGUGCUCUUGCAUGCGUGUCUGCCGGGAUAGCUACUUCUCUUAAACAAAAAUCAAUCCGUAGUUUAAAAACGAUUGCAACUUUAAUAGAAUAGGAAAAAUAGCAAAAUUUUAAGCAGCAUCUGGCAACAAAUCUCCAUCCAUUCUAUAUCCGUAAAAUUAUCAAAUGUAACACUAAUAACAGUUUUUGGUAGCAACUAA